GGGCGUUUAUAUUGUACUCCUAGUUUCGCAGUUAGUGUUGGUUUUAUGUCGAUGUCAAACAAGAACAAGAUGGUUUUUAAUAAAAUAGAAUUAGUUUUUAUUUGUCUAGUAGCUUUUUAUGGUAAACUUUAUUUAAUUUUGAAUGUUUCUUAAUUUUACUAUAUUAAUCAAUAAUAUUUAUAAUAUAGGUGUAAGUUACGGCGAUGAUUGUAAUAAUGAUUUAACCAGUAAAUCAACUGCUGUUAAACUCUCGCAUGAAUUAUUUUGCUCUUAUGAUAAAACCGUCAGACCAGUGAUCAACCAAUCGACCCAAAUAAUUGUUCACACUUCAAUUUUCAUUUAUAAUAUUCAUUUGGUAAAUCAAAUUCAAUUAUUAUGUUAAUAUUCAUUAUAUUGAAUCUAGGUCAAAAUAAACAAUGUUAAAAAUAUCCAAAUUUAAAAAACGCUUUUAUAAAUAAACAAAACCAUUUUUAAAUGUUAAAUAAUUAAAUUAGGUAGAUUAGUAGAUGGCACUUUAUUUUCCAAUAAAAUAAUGUGAAAAUUGCAAAAACAAUAAUUCGUUCUGUUACGUCAAUUCCGCUUUCAUGCAACAUAAGUUGUGUUUAUUUAUCACCCAAAUAACAAAAAUCAUUCUUAAUAACUAAUUUAUUAAGAAUUAUUCUUCUAUAGAAAUCUUCUAUAGUUUACAAUCACUUAAUGUGCUAGGUACAAGAACAAAAUCAACUCACAAAAUCUGUGUGUAGGUAUCUUUUUAUUGUCUAUACAUUUUUUUUUCCAUGUACAAUAUUAUAAUUUUAUAUAAUAAUUUAUUAUAUAAGAUAUAGUGUUAUUUACUAAUAUACGUAAUUCAAUUAUUUAAAAUUUUAACUUACAUUUUAUUUUAUGUUAUUUUAGCAUGUCGACGUUUCAAAAUGUUUGUGUUUAUUUUUAAAACGUUGAAUAAAUUUGGAUAUUUUGACCGAUUACUAUUAUAUUAGGUAGUGAGUAAGGGUUACUUACCCUUCAAUAACACUAUAGAUAUCUACAUAUAUAUAUAAAAUAAUUAGUGACUUAAACAGUUAUACCUAUAGGUACUUGUAUUAUUAUCUCAUAGGUAGUAGAAACCUAUAUACCACUACCCAAUACUUAAAUUAAUUUAUGCAAUUUAUUCAUUAUUAUUCGUCUUGUUUUAUUUUAGUUAGAAGAUUGGGAGGUUGUACAGAUCAAUUUUCAAUUGUUAAUGGUAAUAACUAUAAUAUUAUAUUAGAAUAAUAUUUGUAUUAAUUAUAAUAUUAUGAAUAGUGUACCAACUUAUAUAAGUUAAAAUGUUAUACUUAUGUUAUAGAAGUGGAAAGAUGAAUUUUUAGUUUGGGAUCCUUCAAAAUAUGAUAAUAUUAAUUUUAUGCAUACAAAUUCGAAACAAAUUUGGAUACCUGAUAUCAUGUCAUACGACUCGUAAGUUAUUUAAUUUAUUUUACUUGAAAUAUAAGCAGAAGCAGAGUGGUGGCUAAAUUCAUAUCGGGAGAUUAAAAUUUAUCCGGGCCAUUUAAUAAAAUACAUACCUAUAGGUACUUACCAAACAAAUUUUUCUUGAAUUUUAAUUUGAACCAGCGAUGAUGUGAAGAUUUUAAAUUAACGGGAGCUAAAUACUUUUUACUUGAGACAUGGGUGAAGAUAAGAGAGGUCGUUGAGUUUCAACCAAAAAAAAUGUAGAAAAAACUUUACAUCAGGUACCUAUGUAUUUUAAUGCUUACUUUAAACGAAAAUUUAAAAAAUAAACUUAAGGGAUAGGUUAAGUACUUAUUGUAAGACCAUAAUAAUAUGUGUUUCGGCAUAACUUUUUACUAAUUUUUUAAAUAAUACAAAUAAGUAAAAUAUUUUUACCCAUAAAAAUAACAGGCCAAUUGAAAAUUCCCCGGUCUGACACAUAAAUGACGGUACUAGUAUUAAAUUCAUGUGAUUUUUAGUUAGUACCAAUCUUCAAACGAUACGUAUCAAAAUUUGACAACAGUCCGACCAUUAGUUUUUGAAAUAUUGCAUUAUGAGUGUAGCUACUUUUGUUAUUUGAAAAAAGAUGGAAAAAAAAGAAUUUCGUGUGCUGAUAAAAUAUCGCUUUUUUGAAGGGAAAAAAUACAGUUGAAACAAAAUCUUGGCUUGAUGAAGAAUUUCCGGGGUCUGCACCAGGAAAAUCAACCAUCAUUGAUUGGUAUGCUAAGUUUAAACGUGGUGAAAUGAGCACCAAAGACGGCGAACGCAGUGGACGCCCAAAAGAGGCUGUUACCGACGAAAACAUCAAAAAAAGUUCACAAAAUAAUUUUGAAUGACCGUAAAGUGAAGUUGAUCGAGAUAGCAGACAUUGUGAAGAUAUCAUCUGAACAUGUACAUCAUAUCAUUCACGUAUAUUUAUACCUGAGAAAGCUGUGUGCAAAAUGGGUGCCACGUGAGCUCACAAUCGAUCAAAAGCAACAACGUGUUAAUGAUUCUGAGCUGUGUUUGUAGCUGUCCAAGCGCAAUAAACCUGAAUUUUCGCGUCGAUAUGUGACAAUGGAUGAAACAUGGCUCCAUCAUUUCACUCCGGAGUCCAAUCGAUAGUCAGCUGAGUGGACUGCACACGAUGAACCGAAUCCAAAGUGAGGAAAAACACAACAGUCAGCUGGCAAGGUUAUGGCAUCAGUAUUCUGGGAUGCGCAAAGUAUAAUAUUCAUUGAUUACCUCCAAAAGGGCCAAACCAUCAACAGCGAUUAUUAUAUAGCGUUAUUGGAUCGUUUAAAGGAUGAAAUCGUUAAAAAACGGCCUCAUUUGAAGAAGAAAAAAGUGCUGUUUCAUCAAGACAACGCACCGUGUCACACAUCAAUGAAAAUAAAGGUAAAAUUGUAUGAAUUGGGUUUCGUAUUGCUUUCGCAUCCACCGUAUUCGCUAGAUCUGGCCCCCAGCGACUUUUUCCUGUUCUUAGACCGCAAAAGAAUGCUCGCUGAAAAGAAAUUUAACGCCAGUGAAGAAGUAAUCGCCGAAACUGGGGCCUAUUUUGAAGCAAAAGACAAAUCGUACUACGAAAAUGAUAUCGAAAAGUUGGAAGUUCGCUAUAAUCGCUAUAUCGUCUUCGAAGGCAACUAUGUUGAAUAAUAAAAUCGAAUUUUGCCAAAAAAUUUGUUUUACUAUGGUAGACCGGGGACCUUUCAAUUGGCUUGUUAUAAGGCCACUAGGCAUAAUACGAUCCAGACCAUCUGGAGAAUUCUUAUUUCCAGAUCGCUCACUCCGCCCAUGCGUAUAGGUACAAUAUUGUACAUUUAAAUCAAUUUAUAUGACAUAUUUAAUGAAAAUAUUGCCCCCUACAUGAAAUAAUUUAUGUAAGAGUACAGCACUUAUAUAUCCAAAUUGUUAUUAUUUUAAUUCGUUAAUCGCUACCUACAUUAGGUAUUAAGUAGUUACAUAGCAAUAUAGGCACGUUUUUUUGUUAUCAACAAGAUAAUUAAAACAAAAUUUUAAUUCCUAAUGUAUUAACGGAGUAAUAAUAUUUAUGAAAAUAUUUUUCAGGGGAUAUUCAGUGGAAAAUAGCUUAUCAUCAUACUUUUUACCAGAGAGUAUGGUGAAAGUAACUAAUGAAGGUUUAAUUGAUUACAAUCAGCGUGUAACGCUAUCUGCUCAAUGCUCAGCCAAUAUGGCCAAAUGGCCAUUUGAUUUCCAUAAUUGUUCUUUUUUUAUAGGAUCUCCUAUUUACACCAAUAAAUAUGUCAAUUAUACUUUCACAAACAAUGAUGUAAGUAAUUAUUAUAUUAGGAUGUUAUAAAAAAUAUAUAUAUAUAUAUUUAGUUUUACACCAAGCUAUGUCAUAAAAAUGGUGAUUUCAUAAAUAAUAAAAAUAUUAAAUUUAUGAUAUUUAAACUUAAAAAUCAGUCAUUUGCUAUCAUUACAUCUACAGAAUUUAUAGUUAUCUUUUUUUUUUCGUUAACAGCCCAAGGGCUGGUUGGCAGCAUUCCUUCAGUCUUCACCCUUCUCUGCUUUCCGCUUUAGUUCAUAGUAAUCAUAUGUUUCACACCUUAGAUCCUUAACUAAUUAGCUUAUGUAUUCAAGAGGUAGUUUUUCUCUACUAUUCUUCCUUCUAUGGAUCCUUUUAUUAUUCUAACUGGUAGAUUGUUACAUCACAAUGUGUGUCUAAUAAGUUGUGGUCUUCUAAUCUUCAGAGAUUUUAGGAAGCUUCUUUCUUUUUUUGCUCUAAAAAAAACUUCCUCAUUCGUUAUAUGAUCUAUCCAACUUAUUUUAAGAAUUCUCCUAUAGCACCAUACUUCAAAUGCAAGUAUGUUCUUUUCUUAUUAUCCGAGUCUAUAAACUACCAUAAAGUGUUACGCUCCAGACGUAGGUUUUUAGUAAGUUUUUCCUUAUCUUUAAAUCUAUAUUUCUAGAAGUAAGAAAGCUCUUUCUUUUUUGGAAUGCACAUCGUGCUUGUUGUAAUCUUUAUUUUAUUUCUUCAGAGUGUCCUCCAUCAUUUGGUGUUGUACUUCCCAAAUACUUAUAUUCAUCAACUACUUCUAGUGUGCUAUCAUCUAAUUUUAUAACUGGCCUAGUUGUUUUAUUUCGACUACAGGCGAGGAUUUUAGUUUUUGACUUAUUUAUUUUUAUGUUGUAUUCCUCCCUGAAUAUGCUAUUCAUGGUCGUUAGAAUAUUUUGUUAGUCUUCUAUAUUCUCCGCUAUCAUCGCUGUCAUCAGCGAACCGUAGCAUAUCUACUUUUUCGCCUUGAAUUUUUAUUCCUACUUGUAUUAAUUCUCUCACUCGAUUAAUUACUUCUUGUACAUACAGGUUGAAUAAACAUGGGGAUAAUGAAUAUCCCUGUCUUACGCCUUUCUUAAUUUCUGCUAUUUCCGACUGUCUCCGUAGCGUACUACUCCUGUCUCGUUUUUAUAGCGACUUUUAAUUAUUCUUCUAUUUGAAUGUGCAACCUCUGUUUUCUUCGAAAUCUGAAAUAAUGUUCCCUUGUUUACAUUGUCGAACGCUUUCUCUAAGUCUACAAAUACUCUGAAUGUUGGUUUGCAAGUAUAGCUUCCCUCGUGCCUCUUUGCUUCCUAAAACCAAACUGGUCUUCGGAUAAUAAACUAUCUAAAGUGUUUUCUCAGCACAAUACGUGUAAGAAUUUUUGAUACGUGUGAAAGCAAGCUUAAUUUUCUAUACUGUUUACAUGUAUUUACUCUUGCUGUUUUUGGUAUCGGCAAUAUUACGCAUUUUGUAAAAUCUUGCGAUAUUUUCCCCGUUUCAUAGGUUCCAUAGACUAGUUCAUAUAGCAUCUUUUGACGUUUUCUCCACUGUUCUUAAUAAAUUCUGUUAGUAUUUCAUCUACUCCGGGUGCUUUCCUAUCCUUUAACUCAUUUAAAGCUUUUUCGAAUUCCUCCUUCAUUAUGGGUUGGUCUUCGCCUUCUAAGUUUAGUCGAUCUUCCUCUUCUUCAUCUUCAACUAUUUGUGUGUCUUGAUCCUCUUCCUCAAUGUAUAGUGAUCUAAUGUUAGUUAAAAAUAUGAUUUCAAUCAAUUUUUCAAACAAUUUAAUAUGUAUAGUAUUACCUAUCCAGACUAUAAUAUAACAAUAGAAGUGCUCAAUUUACACUUCAAAAUUGGAUUUUAAUCCUUUCUUAAAUCAGAAAUUGGUUAAGGGGCGGAGUUAUAUAAUUUUAUUUCAUAAAACAAUGAUGAUAUUACGUUUAAAUGUAUAAUUGAAAACAAAAAUGUAAGUGAAUAGAGGUCCAUAUUUUUUAUAUAGAAGAUUAUAUUACUAACCUAACCUACUACCUAGGUAGGUACCAUAAACAAAAUUGCUUAAUGGAGAAAAAAAACAAAUCUAAAAUUAUAUACUCGCUUGUAAAUGUUCAUUUCUUUUACUAACUACCCACAUUUAAUAUAUUUUUAUAUAGGAUAUUUAUGUGGAUUAUAGUCCAAAUAGAGAAUGGAAAAUUAUUAACGUAGAUCACAAAUGUAUCUUCUACAAUUAUGAUACUAAAGAUAAUGGUUCAUUUAGUCAUUGUCUUAUACAGUAUGAUGUAAGCAUAAAGCGAUAUUCAUCCAUGUACCUUUCAUCCAUUAUUAUUCCAGCAGUUGGUUUGUAAAAUGUUUUGCCAUAAUAGAAAUUAUUCACCUAUAUAUUUUAAAAAAAUUAAAUAUUUAAAUUUCAGUCAUAUCAUUGAUGAGAACUUUUACAUUUUUGAUGGGUCGUGAAUAUACACUUCGAAUAGUGUUACUUUGUUUGUUCUUCAUUUCUGAGUUAUUGUACAUAGAAUUCUUGGAUACAAAAAUACCAAAUAAUGGUGAAAAUAGUGUGUUCAUAGGUAUGUAUAAAAACCUACCUAUUAUAUAAAACUGCAUAAUAUAAUCAAUUUUUUUUUUUCUUUAAAUUUUAGUUCUAUUGUACCGCAAUUCUCUAAUAUUAACAGCAGUAGCAAUUGUCAUAUGCGUUGUCAGUAAUGAACUAUAUAAACAUGGAACAGAAGAUUUUCCUAUCAACCCUCCUGAAUGGAUUAAGUCUGCUUCAGCAUUUCUUUUAAGUAAAAGACCAAUUACAAUAUUCACUCAUUUUAAUAACCAGGUAUGUUAUAAAUAAUAUACUUGUAGUAUACCUACUAUUUUUUAAAUUAUAAUAGAUAGUUUUAUUUUACAUAAAAAGUGAUUAUAUUUUAGAGAGAAGAACUUUUAAAUGAACAAAAUAUGGAAGAAGAUACACCUAAUAGUCAAAGAGACAAAAAUGGUUUAUUUUGGAAAACACUAUCAAUCUUAUUAGAUCGUUUGUUUUUUUUAUUUACUCUUUUAAUCUCAAUAAUUAAUUUUUGGUACUUAAUACCCUAAAUUAAAUUUAUUUGAGAAUAAUAAAUAAAUUAACAAAAUUUACAUCCAUCUUAUUUCUGUUUAUAAUUUUGAAUAAAUUUUACUGUAAAAGCUUCACAACAUUAACAAUACAUACAAAUAAUUUUAAUAUCUUAUUGCACUUGAAUUAUUUAUAAUACUAUUCAAUUAUUUACCUACAGUCUACACGAUACUUUCUGUAUUAAAUAUAGAUACUUUGUUUAAACACGUU